UUGGGAUGGAUCGUACUACGUCAUGAAGAGCUGGAGUUACUCGCUCGCCUUUCCGUGAAGAGAGUUUUGGGACACUUGAGAAGGAUAGACGUCGGUCGACGAACACCUAUCGAUUAAGCGGAAUGAAACGCGUUAUUAUUUUGCAAACGAACCGUCUAAAACAGACGUGUCAUUUACUGCACACUUGAGACUUUCGAAAAAACGAAUUUUACCCGCACAGAGACCUUUUAUUAUAUGUGGAGACGGUUGAAAGUUGCAACGCACUGAUUCCAUUAUCAGAUCGGCUGCAUCAGAGGAAUGCUUCCUGUGAUGAUGUUUAUACUAAGGAUUACAAUUAAUGCAUUGAUGGAUUCCACUAAAAUGCAUCUCAUGUUGAUAUCCAUACUCCUCGGAACAUUUACAUAUGCAGUAGCUGAUGUGAACCUUUCGGAGUCUGGAGAGGUUGAGGCUCUAGCUGAGGCCCAAAGUGGAGGUCUGCCAACUGUUGAAGGUGAUUUCCUGGAAUUUUUGGAGUCACCAAACAAUAUAACCAUAAUACAGGGCCAGACGGCUACGUUGCAGUGCAGAGUGGCAGGCCAUCCACGGCCCAGCAUCCGCUGGCUUAAAAAUGAUGCCCCAGUGGUGCAGGAGCCGGGCCGCAUCUUCAUCCGCAAAUCAGAUGGCGGAUCAAAGCUCCGCAUUCAAGACCUGGACACCACUGACACCGGAUACUACCAGUGUGUGGCCUCCAAUUCAGCCAAAGUCAUCUCGUCUACUGGAGUACUCUAUGUGCGACUAGGACAGUCCCCAACCCAUGGUGCAGAUGAUGCAACACAUGAAAAGGGCUUCUGUCAGCCGUACCGAGGCAUCGCUUGCGCUCGCUUCAUUGGCAACAGGAGUAUUUAUGUGGAGUCUCUGCAGAUGCAGGGAGAAAGUGAAAACCGCAUCACUGCUGCCUUCACCAUGAUUGGCACCUCCACACAGCUCUCUGACCAGUGCUCCGAGUAUGCCAUUCCUUCCUUCUGCUAUUAUGUUUUCCCACUAUGUGAGGAGGGCACCAGAGGUCCACGGAAGCGCCAGCUCUGUCGGGAAGAGUGUGAGGCUUUGGAGAACGACUUGUGUCAUGCAGAGUAUACCAUCGCACGGUCCAACCCUCUCAUUCUAAUGCAGCUCGAACUGCCCGCAUGCAACCUGCUUCCCCACCCUGGCUCACCCGAAGCUGCCAGCUGCAUUCGCAUUGGCGUGCCACCUCAAUAUUCACCCCCAGAUCACAGGUGUUUCAAUGGAAGUGGCACUAACUACAGGGGAACAGUCAGUGUCACAAAAUCUGGCUACCAGUGCCAACCCUGGAGUACACAAUAUCCACACAGUCAUCAUCUGACCCCUACUGAUUACCCUGAACUCAGAGGAGGACACAAUUUCUGCAGGAAUCCUGGAGGGCAUAUGGACAGCCCUUGGUGUUACACAUUGGACCCUAAUGUUAGAGUGGAUGUCUGUGACAUUCAGCCCUGCCAACCCCCAGAGAAAGUGAAGAAGGAGAUACUGUACAUUUUAAUUCCCAGCAUAGCCACUCCACUUGUUAUCGCCUGCCUAUUCUUCUUGGUGUGCAUGUGUCGAAAUAAACAAAAGGAGUCUGCCGACACACCUACUCGCCGGCAGCUUACUGCCUCGCCAAGCCAAGAAGUGGAACUACCCCUUCUAAAUCAGCACAAACAUCAGGCAAAGCUUAGAGAAAUUAAUCUGUCUGCUGUUCGAUUCAUGGAAGAGCUUGGAGAAGACCGUUUUGGCAAAGUCUACAAAGGUCACCUCUACGGUACGGCCCCAGGUGAACAGACUCAGGUUGUGGCCAUAAAGACAGUGAAAGACAAAGAUGAGGGUACAUUGAAGGAGGAAUUCUGCCAUGAAGCCAUGCUCCGUUCCCGGCUACAGCACCCAAAUAUCGUCUGCCUUUUAGGUGUUAUAACUAAAGAACAGCCCAUGAGCAUGAUCUUCAGCUAUUCGGGCCAUGGUGACCUUCACGAGUUUCUGGUCAUGCGGUCUCCACACUCGGAUGUGGGCAGUUCUGAUGAUGAUCGAACUGUAAAAUCCACCCUGGAACAGGCAGAUUUUCUACACAUUGUCACACAAAUAGCAGCUGGAAUGGAAUAUCUUUCCAGUCACCAUGUGGUGCACAAAGAUAUGGCAACGCGCAACAUUCUGGUCUGUGAUAAGCUCAAUGUGAAGAUCUUGGACCUUGGGCUGUUUAGAGAAGUCUACUCUGCGGACUACUACAAGUUGAUGGGCAGCAGUCCGUUCCCUAUUCGUUGGAUGUCCCCAGAAGCCAUAAUGUAUGGCAAGUUUUCCACAGACUCAGACAUUUGGUCCUACGGCGUGGUGUUGUGGGAAAUUUUCAGCUAUGGCCUUCAACCUUAUUGUGGCUAUUCUAACCAAGAUGUGAUGGAGAUGAUACGCAACAGACAAGUGCUUUCCUGCCCAGAUGAUUGUCCCGCCUGGAUUUACACGCUUAUGUUGGAGUGCUGGAACGAGUUCCCCACACGGAGGCCACGUUUCAAAGAUAUACAUGCACGUUUGCGUACCUGGGAGAGCUUGUCUAACUACAACAGCUCUGCGCAAACCUCAGGGGCAAGCAACACCACUCAGACCAGCUCCCUAAGCACAAGCCCCGUCAGUAACAUCAGUAACGCUCGCUACGUUAGUCCCAAAAAGUCAUCCCCCUUUCCUCAGCCUCAGUUUAUGCCCAUGAAGAGUCAGAUGCGGCCAAUUGUUCCACAGCAGCUCUACAUCCCUGUCAACGGCUACCAACCAGUACCGGCCUAUCAAUAUCUGCAAAACUUCUACCCUAUGCAGAUCCCUAUUCAGAUGCCUCCACAGCACUUGCACCCACAGAUGGUUGCCAAGGCUGGAUCACACCACAGUGGAAGCGGCUCCACCAGCACAGGCUACGUCACCACAGCUCCUUCCAAUGGAUCAGGCACAGAGAAGGCAGCUUUAAUGCAUGAAGACCAAAAGGCAACAGAGGACGAUAUACCUGAUGGGGCCUCUCAGCAUGGGCUGCACAAUGAGGACCUGUCUGUUCCUGAGACAGAGCUCCUGGGGGACAAUGACAGCCCACAGACAGAAGACGAUGAAGUCAACUUUGAAGCGUAGGCCACCUUAUGGAUCAAAUGAGAAAAUGGUUCUGCGAAAUGCACAUUUUUAUACAUUUUUGGCAGUUGUGCACGUUUGAAAAGUGAAGGAAAACCAGUAAAUGACACAUGAACUAAAUGUUAUUUAUGCUUUUGUUUUUUUUUACUUGUUUGAACAGUGUGAACCGUCCUAGCUUCACCCAUGAGCUGCCGCUUUUUAGUCUAUGAUAAGGAAUCAUGCUUUUAAAUCUUAAGCAAAGGACAGUGUGUAUGUGUGUAUUGUUGCAAAGCUAUUCAGAAGAAUGUAUGUUCUUACUGUUGCUGUGCAACAUGAAACAAAACUAAAAAAUGGUUCUCACCAAAAUCCUUGUUAAUUUAGCCUACUUCAUAGUUGACAUUGUCACUAUGUUUAUGAACACACUGCUUAAGGCAGAAUCUAAGCCUUUUUUGCUUAAUCAUAUAUGGAGUUCAAAGCAGUAAUCCAUGAAUAAACUGACUUCUUGCUUGAGGAGAUUGUUAAUAAUGUGCAUUAUAAAACGGCACCAUGGACCACAGUAUGGAACUAUUAAAUAACAUUGAUGCAGACUCCAUACAUUUGGUCUGUUUAUUGUUUUUGUUUUUUUUACAUUGAAUCCCUGUUGUAAAAAUGUGUAAUAUAUGUCAUAACUCUCUUUUAAAAUUGUAACUGUUUUGUAAUAUUUUCAGACAUGAAUUGUUUAGCCAGUAGUGUUGCUUAAAGUCAUACCAGAUGUUAUAACAAAUAUUGUAAAGUAUCAUGGAGUAUUUUAAAAGGUUUUAGCAACUUUUAGUUAUAGUAAACAUCUACACAUCUAGAAAUUGACACAUCUGACUUGCUAUUGCAAUUAAACCAGUCAUACACUUGACAGUUUGUCUGAUUUGAUAUAUCUGUGUUUUAGUUAUUUUAUAUUUCACUGGUACAUGGUAAUCAAAGAGUAAUGCAUUAUUUAAAAAAAAAAAACGUUUCUCCUAAGGUUUUUAGACACCAUUAAAUGUGCAUUGUUAGAGUUGUCCACUUAGAAAAGAACGUUGAGAAAUUCUGAUCCCCCAAUGAUGUAAAUAGUUUCUGUAUUUCCCGAUGAACACGCGUAUGACUCUGAUAAUGUUCACGCAGUUUUGGUAACUAAACCGGGUUUUGAGUUGGUGGGUUAAAGUUGACCAAUGACUGGGAGGUAGGCGGUCUUAUCUCAUGCCACUUCCUAAAAAAGGCGUGUCCAAAGAGUAGCUGAUAUAUCUUCUUAAAAUGCACUUUUUGACAAAUAACCUAAUUGGUGUUGACCUGAUACAGAUGUAGACUACAGCUUUGGGCUCAAAGGUCGACUACUGAGAUGUCAACUGCUACUUGUUGCGCCACGCUUGAUGAACUGGGUUUUAUCGGAGAUUUGCAAAGUACGCACCGGUUGUACCCUAUGCCAGACCUCCGUACAAAUGUUGGGACGCGACGGAAACGAGAAUUCACACCCGACGAGCAGAAAGACUGUAACUACUGGCUUAAACGAAACCGUAAUAACGAAGCUGCAAAGAGAUCUCGCCAGCGCAAGAGAUUUGAGGGAUAUCUUCUGGAGGCACGUGCGGUCGAGCUUCAGCGCGAAAAUGAAAAACUCAAAGUUGCGCUGUCUGCAGUCAACCAUCAUAACACGGGUCUGAAUCAUCAUAGGGAUGUUGCUUUAAAGUAUCCUCUGGGAAUGCCAAUUGACGGCUGUCCACAUGUGCCCACAACUGUGAUGCCACUGCAAUACCAGUGUAUGCAUGGUCUCUUCCGUUGUCAAGUUUCUGAUAGUUGUGGAUCAAUCUGUGCCCAAACGAGUCAUUGCAAUUCGGUGUACAAUUGCAAUUUGGCGUCGUACCCCGAGACGGAAAACACCAUCAAUACUUCGAAAAUGCAGCACAUCAGUUUAUGGGAUAGUUAUCCAAUAAGCAGGUACAGUCAGGGAUCGAAGAUGUGUACCAGUACCAGUGGAGUCCAUCUGCGCAAUAGAGGCUUCACCUAUGAACAUGAUACAUCUCAAAUGCUGCCGGAGCCGCCUCAGUACAGCAAUCCAGUGGCCAACCUGACGCGCAGUAACCACUGUUUUAGCUCCAGAACAUCGUCAUCUGAAACGACAUUGAAUUGCUCGCGACAGCCUGGACAGAUUGGAGCCACUCAUGAAGUCCCAAUACAAUCAAAAGUAUCGGAAGAAACCUGCCAGCCAAGUACACCGUCAGUUCUGCUUCCACACAAACUGCGGUACAAAUUGAAUAACGCAAGGUUUGUUACAAAGUAUCUCUCUUAAUGGAUAUUCGGUAUGGGUUAUUAUAAAUAUAAUAAUGAUUUGUUCAAGUCUCGUUUUAAAUCAGUAGAAUUCUACAUUUUAAAUAAAGUGAUUCUUUAUCAUGGA